UCGGGCGUCAGGUUUCCAGUUAGGCAUAUUUGAUUAACAGAUUUGUUGUUAAUCUUCCCCAAGGUAUAAUCUGAGCAUGAUUGGGAGAUAGUUGAGUGACUGAGUAAGAAGGAGUGAGCGCAGUCACUCACCCUGCGGUCUGCUGCAAUCGGGGCCAUUCUUGCACCAAGCUGCAGCGCUCACGCAGACCGCGCGUGCUGGAGCCAACAGCCAAUUGGAUACAACAUGAACCAUGGGAGAGCCAAUUAGAAAUAACCGACGACAAUUGCCAUGUGAAAUGAACCAGUGAGCAGCAAGCGAUGCCGUGGAGGGUUCGCAGUGAAGCAGAGACAUAUCCAUAUAUAAUUCAAUAUCGAGACACAGGCGUUUAUAGAUACACUUAAAUAUUCAGAUACGGGCAUAUAUACACGAUCGAAAUGGAAAGUGGCAGGAAGCAAAUGAUCAACUUCGGGGCUGGUCCUGCCAAGCUACCACUGCCGGUCUUGCUUCAAGCACAGAAAGAACUGCUGGAUUACAAGGGACUUGGAAUUAGUGUUCUAGAAAUGAGCCACAGAUCUUCAGAUUUCAUCAAAAUUGUCAACACAACAGAAAAUGAUCUGCGAGAACUGCUGAAUAUUCCAGAAAACUACAAGGUAAUUUUUCUCCAGGGAGGUGGAACUGGUCAGUUCAGUGCUGUCCCUUUAAACCUUAUUGGAUUGAAAGAAGAGAGGAGUGCCGAUUAUGUGGUGACUGGAUCUUGGUCUGCUAAAGCAGCCAUUGAAGCAGCGAAAUAUGGAAAAGUGAAUAUUGUUCAUCCCAAGCUCGAUGCUUACAUAACAAUUCCAAAUCCAAGUAGUUGGAAUUUGAAUCCAAACGCUUCUUAUGUUUACUGUUGUGCCAAUGAGACACUGCAUGGUGUGGAAUUUCCCUUUGUCCCGGACACAAAAGGAACUGUGCUGGUCUGUGACAUGUCGUCAUGUUUUCUUUCAAAGCCAGUAGAUGUCUCCAAGUUUGGUUUGAUUUUCGCUGGUGCUCAGAAGAAUAUUGGUUGUGCGGGAGUGACUGUGGUAAUAAUCAGAGAGGAUCUUCUAGGAUUUGCAUUGAAGGAAUGUCCAAUAGUGUUUGACUAUAAAGUACAAGAGAGCAGCAAUUCUCUUUACAAUACUCCUUCAACCUAUAGCAUUUACAUUAUGGGUUUGGUCUUGCAAUGGAUUAAGAAAUGUGGUGGUGCUCAAGUGAUGGAACAAAACAGUAUUGCUAAGUCAAAGCUGAUUUACAAUGUAAUUGAUGGAUCCAAUGGAUUCUAUGUGAGUCUACCUGCUUCAAUCUACAGAAGUAGAAUGAAUAUUCCAUUCCGCAUUGGAAAUGCUAAUGGGGACAGUAUUCUUGAAACUGAAUUUCUUGACAAAGCUGCUAAACGCAACAUGAUAUCAUUAAAAGGCCACAGGUCUGUUGGUGGAAUUCGUGCUUCCCUCUAUAAUGCUGUAACAGUGGAAGAAGCUCAAAAACUCGCAGAGUUUAUGAUCGACUUUAUGAAGGAGCAUCAUGUGUAAAAUAUUUGUGUUUUGGUUUUAACGUUGCAUUGUAUUUCUGAAAUGUAGACCUCUAGGUUUUCAGGAGAUGCUGGAAAUAUUCAGCAGAUUUGGUGGCAUUGGUAGAAAAAUGAUUUUUGAUUUAGCAUUUCUGGUUAUAGAGAGUAGUUGGAAUAUUGCAGAACUUUAAUCCUACCGAAAAAGAUGCAUUGUCAAAGCUUCCCUUCUUGCGCUUAUCAGGAUAAUUGACUAAUUUAAAGGAAAAUAACAAUUUUUGUAUGAGUGUGCUGAUUCGUAAAGUGUUGCCAUGGAGAGUACACCAAAUUAUAGUUCGUUGUCUGUUAACUGCUACAUUUGCUUUAAAUUUCAAACCAGACAGGUUGGUUGACGAUGGCAUUGCCCUGAGAACCAUUGACUCUCAAGUCAGCAAAAUAAGUGACACUGAUUCACUGGAUCAUUUUCUCAGGGCAGUGUCUUGAUCAAUCAGUCACUUCAUCUCUUUGAAGGUUAAAUUAAGGUUGGUGGCAAACAGUCAACCAACUAUUAAUUGGUGAACUUUCUCUAUGGCAACACUGCUACCAACCAUCAUUCUCUCUCAUGCCGUGUAAAUAUUGGUUUUCCACUUAAAUUGAUAUUCUUACAAAUUAUUAUGGUAAUUGCAGUACAAAAAUCUUUGACAAAAUGUCUUCUCUGAGAAAACUCAAUUUCCAGUUAAUAUUGAUUUUGAUAGUGGAUCAUUGACCUUAAACAGUCUCAUGCUUUACAGCCCUGCAGAACAUUUCCAGCAUCUUUGGCUUUGCUUUAACGUGUGUCUUGUUGGUGAAAUACAUCUAAGAUUCUUUAAUCAUUUAUAAAUCAUACUAUAUUAGUCUUUUUUUAAUUCUGGCACACCUGAACUAUCUAUUCAGGUUAUCACUCUCUGUGAUAAACUACAAUUUUUAGUGGAGGAACGACCACUGAAUUAGCCAACAACCAAUCUCAUUACAAAAGCUUUUUUUUAAAUAUAGUCUCUCCCUUCACACUAGGCUCUCCCAAGUAAAGCUAACUUUCUAACUGAUUUUGUGGCUAUUUGCAGGGAAAGUGGUGGUUGCACAAUUUGCAAGUAAAAUUAAAGCCUGAAGAAUAUGGAUAGAAUGUAGCUUUGCUCUACAUUGUAGAGCUGAUCGGAUAUCCUGGCAUUUCACAUGGACCUGUAUUCAGAGUUCAGAAGAAUGAAACGUUUAAAAUUCUAAUUGGGCUGGAUAUAGGAGAUGCAGGGAGGCAGUUUGCUGUGGUUGGAGAGUCUAGGACUAGGGGACACAGUUUCAGGAUAUGGAGUAGAACAUUUGGGACUGAGAUGAGGAACAGUUUCUUCGCUCAAAAGGUAGUGAACCUGGGGAAUUCUCUACCGCAGAAGGAUGUGGAGGCCAAGUCACUGAAUAUAUUCAAGAAUAAGAUUUUUCAAUUUAAAAGGCCUCGAGAUAAGGGGAUAAUGGUAUUGAGAUAGAGGAUCAGCCAUGAUCACAAUGAAUGGUAGUGCAGGCUUGAAGGACUAAAUUGCCUACUACUAUUUCCUAGGUUUCUAUAUUCAAGGCAAUGAAAUCAAAGUAAAGAUAAAUAUUUUCACACUUUUUUUUGCAUUGUUUUUUUUAUUGCCUCAGCCUAGCCAUUUAUGACAAUCUGAAUCAUUGCAUUUUGUUUGGCAUAACAUUGAACUUAGCUUCUAGAUUAAUUACAAAAACCGUCUUUUAUGUUAGAAUUUGCUGCCAGGCAGUCAAAAUGCAAAUGAAUAACUGUAUUUUAAGGAACCUGAAGUUUGACAUUUUCCAUUUUGAACUCCUUUGGUACUUGGACAAACUUAGUUUGCGAUUUCUGAUAAACCAUUCUUGUGGUUCGUCAGAUUGUUGUUACAUUCCCUUUGCCCAGCAGUGGUAAACAUCUGCGUUUGCUUCCCGAGAGGGUGGUGGAUGUGAAGAUGGUCACUGAUUUCAAAGGAAAAUUAAAGGAACGUUUAAAGGACAUGAACUUUCAGGGCUGCAGGAAUAGAGAAGGGGAUAGUGUCUGAUUUGAAUCACUGUACAGAGACUGAGUUGACCAAAUGAUGACUUCUGUGCUAAGGCUCCGACUAGGGCAUUUUAACUAUACACAACAUGAAAGGUGUACUGUUGGUCCUACUUAGCAUUAACCAUACAUAAUUUAACAUCUAAUCCAAUGACAACUUGUAGCAGAAAUUUAAGUAGUGGAUAAAUAUCUUAUUUAAAUGGUCAAGUAGAAUGAGUGACUCAGUAAUUUAGCAAAAGCAUUUUUUUUUAAAUAUUACCAGAAAUUUAUAGAAUGACCUGAACUUUUAAUGUUUAGAACAGAUGAAAAAUGGUCAUCUCUUUCAGCAUGAUCUGCAAAAGAAAACUAUCUUUGGACAAGCAGUUCCUGGAAUUAUUGUGAUAAACUAUUUUGUAGCAUAUAUGUGCUCCAAUGCACAAGUAUUCUUCAGCCAAGUAGCUAUCCUGAAUGCAUUCUGUGAUUUGGUAUAUGCUGUGUCUUGACCACCUGCUGGUGAUUGCUAUUUCACUGUCAGUGAGAAAUGGCAGCUAAAUGGCUAAGAGCCAAAUUAUUACAUAAACUCAAACAUGUCUUGUGGUUAGUUGGUGGUUUGUGCCCAUAACUAGGCCCCUGAUUUAAAUCCAUGGGCAAGAUAAUUAAUAUUAGCAUGAUACUUUAAAAUAUAACUUGGAAAAUGUUGAUGGGCUUAAGGGGAUGUCUUUCCCUUGUUGGUGAAUCCAGAAAUAAUCUCUGAAUAAGGGAUCAGGAUAUGGAAGAUAUAGACUGUAGGGAAAUAGAUGGUGACAUCUUGCAAAAUGUCCAGAUUACAGAGGAGGAAG